UCACAGUGAGUAAGCUUUGAGAAACAAAUCCAAGGGGUUUAUUUUGUUAAGCAAUAUUUGACAUGUUUGGGAUUUUGGACUGAGAUUCUAUCCCAGGCUUGUCAAAAGCAGGAGCCACUGCACUGAGGUUAUCCAUGUUCAGUGUUUAACUGGUGUUACACUAAUCUGGCAUGACAGACCAUUUCCAUGCUCUUUCACAACAGGCAACAUUACCAUCAGUUUGUUUAGGGGAUUAAAAAGUCUUGUAUGUAAAUUUUUCAUAAAUGACGAGCAGAGUUGUAUGUGAUGCAUUGGUUAAUGCAGGGUAAGCAGAGAUGGGUGUGUCCUGAUAUGGGAUGACAAGCACAAAGUGAUGAAGACAUUAAUUACAUCUGAGCUGUGAAAAUGUUCCUCAUGUUUCAUAUGUACAGGCACCUAGUGGUUUCUUUAAAUUUCUGGGUUUUUUUGUUUUGGUGUUUUGUUCUGGUUUUUUUUAGUAGGCAAACUUUCUUGUAAAAGCCUUAUAGCUAAAUAAUGGCCAUUUGUACCUUCACGCUUAUUGUGCUUGAGUAUAUUACUGAGGAGCGAGGCUUGGAUCAAAAUUAACUUGAAAAUAGCCUUCAGCAUGAUAAAUAUUUGUAUUUAAAUGGAACCCAGGGAAAUCCUAGCCUCUGACAGAGCCCUGAAGGGGAGCUGGCAACUGUAUAGCAAACUGAAGUGUGCAAAUCUUCAGCCUAGCAGCAGAUCCAGUAAAUAUGUGCAGUGUAACACAGCAAAUAUGGGCAGGCUUUUAGUUACAGAGGAUUAUGCUGAAAAGAAAAACACGAUAGCAAAAGCUCUGGAAGAUCUUAAAGCCAACUUCUACUGUGAACUCUGUGACAAGCAGUACUAUAAACACCAGGAGUUUGACAAUCACAUUAACUCUUAUGAUCACGCUCACAAACAGAGACUGAAGGAACUGAAACAGAGGGAGUUUGCUCGAAAUGUAGCAUCUAAGUCACGAAAAGAUGAAAGAAAGCAGGAGAAAGCCCUUCAACGUUUGCACAAGCUAGCUGAGCUAAGGAAAGAGAGAACGUGUGCUCCUGGAAGUGGCCCUAUGUUCAAAUCCACUACAGUGACUGUGCAAGAUGAUUGCAAUGAAGUCCCCAAAAGCGCUGCCACAGAUUCUGCCAAAAGCCAGGAUUUCAGCUGUACAUUAGUGCACGACAUGCAGAACUGCAAAGACAUCGCUUCUGUUAUUCCUUCCGCUCCUGGGGAUGCAGGUGGUCACCAAUCCGACGCUAACAAACGCGGAGAUCAGGUUCAGAGAGCUCAAGGACACAGAGUCGGGUUCUCCUUUGCUUUUCCUAAGAAAGCAGCAGUCAAACUGGAGUCUUCAGCUGCUGUUUUCUAUGAGUUUAAUGAGGAAACCUCCAUGGAGCAUGGAUUUAGCAGAAGGAGUAGGUUUGUUCCGGGAACAUGUAACCUUCAGUCUCCUUCAGCAGCAGAAAUAGUUGUAUGCCCUGAGGAGAAACACAACUGUUUUCACCCACUGGUGGAAAAAUGCACAGAAACAGCAGAAGCUCCUGAAGCUCAGGAGCCAAAAGAGCUGUCCAGGGAGGAGAGCAGGGUGCUGGAGAGUCCAGCUUUACCUCCUGCCAUGUCCCACUCAAAGCAGCCGGUGUCCUCGGGCACGGAUGGCCACGGUGGGGAUGUGAGUGCCGCUGACUCGGGGGACCAGGCUCUGUCACCCUGUCCCUCUGCAGACACUGCUCAAGCCCUGCCCCUGGACGGCAGCAGGCACGAGCUGCAGGCCAGCAGAGCUCCUGUGCAGGAACCUGGGGAGGAUUGCUCCUCUCUGCAGGAUGUUGUAGAGGAAAACUAUAACGAUGGGAACAGUGAUCCAUCUGCAACUCAAACUGAAAUAAAAAAUCUGGGGGAAGAUGCAGUAGUUCCACCGCCAUCUGAAGAAGGCAGUGGAGCCCCAAAAAGCAAACCAGACGUACACAAGAGACCCUGUCAACCCUUUGUUCCUGUUCUUAGCAAAUAUGGAUCAAAUAUUCUUCAGUGGCCAUCAGAAAUGUUAAUUUACACAAGUACAGAUCCGUCAAUUUCUUAUAGCUGUAAUCCUUUAUAUUUUGAUUUUAAGUCGUCAAGUGUAAAUGAAAGCCAAGAAAAGCGCAAGCAUCAACCAAACAUACCUCAUUUGCACCAUAAAACUGAAUCUAACCAUAUCUUAGUCUCAGAUUUUACAAAAAGACCUAAUUCAGAGUGUGGUGAUUAUGAAGUAGAAGUGAAUAAAAAUGUGUGCAACUAUACAAUACCCCUGUUAAGUGAUGUUUCCCUCUUCAGAAAUUGUGACCUUGCAAAAAAUCCAAACAAAGUGUCCUUGGAUGAGUCAUUCGGGAUUAGAAAAAUAGAAAAGUAUCACAUAUCUCCUAACCCCUUACGACAAAACACUGUGAUAGAUGAGAAAUACAACAAAGUCUGGAUCAAAGAAGGCCAUGAAAAAUGGCUUCACAAAAGCAGAAAACGGAAAAGGAGAAGAAAAUUAUGUCAUUGUCAUUAUCAUCACUGUGGAGACACAACAAUAGCAGAAAUGGAGAUGUCUCCAGUAACUGAAAAAGAAGUUACUUACAGAGACGAAAAUAAAUAUCAGCACUUCCAACAUAAUGCAGAGAAGUGCAGACAUGGUGCAGGAAAUAGCUGGUUAAGUGCAGGCGAGGUGCAGCAGUCACAGCCAAAAUUUGGCAUUGAGAAGGGUCCUAAGAGAGUCAUGUCUGCAUCAGAUCACAUACACUGGGACAGAGGCUGGUGUGACUUUUGGAGUGCAAAAAACAGUGGCCAGCACCAUGGUUGUAAAAGACCACACAGAAAGAGCAAAGCGAGCUCCCGGAGGCAGGCGAGGCAGCUGGCUCCGAGCUCCAGGAGGCACAGCCUGAGGCACUCGAAAACCUGCUGUAGCUGGAAAGUCAGGAGGUCAAGCUGCUGUAGCCCAGAGCAUAAAUGUUCAGGACAGUGCAGCGAGGAGAAGGGGCCGAGUCAAAACCAGCCCAUAAAGAGAGGUUACAGCCUUCUGACAGAGGAACCCGAGAAACCUCGCCGCAAGAGGAGGCAGCACACCUAUUCCUCUUCCUCGGAUGAAAGCUCAUGUGGACAGGCAUUAUCAGCAGAGCAAUGUAUAAGGCAAGGACACGCUUUAGCUACCUACCACAAGGCAAAAGGGAAGCGCAGGAAAAGGAAGACUAGAAUCCAUCAAGUUUCCCUUGACAGGAGUGCAAAAAGCGAGCCCUCUGAAUCUUCCAAAGAAAACUCCGCAAAUUCUGUGUUAAAUGUUUUGGGGGACUUACUGACUCGAGACAAUCUAGAGGAAGCUAACGCAGCUCCCAAAGAUGAUGGUGAUGAUAAUGCAAAAGAUAGGGAUGAAACAAUGGAGCUGGAGGAAAGCAAGUCUCCUGUAGAAACUGCUGGCCCACAGGUUCUGGAAGAUGAUAAAUCGAUGGCGUGCGCAGCGAUGGGGAGCGCGCCCGCCACGCGUCCUGAGGUCACCACAAGUUCUGCUGCUGCUGCUGCCCCCGAGCCCAGUGCCACAGCAUCUCCUGCCAAACAGGGUGCUCCCCAGGAGGGAAAGAAAAAGGAAAAUGUCGACGGUCGUGAAAAUCAAGCUCGUUACAAAGUUCCCGUCCCCAGCAGACACUUGGAACCAGCUCCUCCUAAAUCCUACCUUUGCCAUUACGAGCUGGCCGAGUCUCUACCGCACGAGAAGAUGGGUGAGGUGGCGGGCGAGUGGGUGCAGUGCAAUCCCGGCAUAUUUAGCAGCCCCCCGCCCUUGCCCUUCAAAGAAGCACACGUGAACACCUUUCUAAGCACGGAGCAGUUAAUAGCCCCCUUCCCCCUGCCCGAGCAGGCGCUGAUCCUCCCUCCCGACGGCCGCGAGAAGUUCAAAGAGCUGCCAUCGGAGGCCUAUCAGCAGGUGAUGCCGCUGGCCGGCAAGGUGAAGUUCGCCUUGGCCCCUCCGGCCAUGCAGCCCCCGGGCUCGGCGCUGCCGGGGCUGCCGCUGCCGCCGCCGCUGUGCUCUACCUCGGUCACCACCAUCCACCACACCGUCCUGCAGCAGCACGCCGGCACCAUCAAGCUCCUGCAGCCCCAGCAGCAGCUCCUCUCGCAGCUGCCGGCUCUCUCCAGGGCUCCCUUACCUCAGGUGCCGCUGGGGCCGCGGCUGUGCCCGGCGGGACACGCGGCGCUGCUGGCCCCGGCUCAGCUGCCGCUGCUGCCGCCCUCGCUGCUGCCGCCCGCCCCGCUGGCCUUUCCCCCGCACGGCGUCUUCCCGUCCCUGCUGGCCCCGCACCCCGCCGUCAUCCCCCUGCAGCCGCUCUUCUAGCGCACCCACCGCGGGGAAAGGCCUUCAGCUUUUCUCAAAAAAAAAAAAAAGUCCCGCUUGUCUCAAGCUUUGCAGAGCUUGGAGUGAUCCCGGGAAAGGAAACCGGUUCAAAUGUUCCUCGGGAAGCAUUUCCUACAAGGGUAAUAAUGAUGCAACGAACAGAUGUUCACGGCGAGUUCAGACCUAUACUAUUACUAAAGCACUGAAUAGUCUGAUCCUAAUUAUGAACUAUAUAUAUAUGUGAAAAUCAUGUCUUAGAAUAUGUAUAAUGUAUAUAAAAUAUAUUUAUAGUUCUAUAACUUAUGUUGUAAAGUAUUCACUUUUUUGUUUUUUAUCUUUGUGUAUUUGCACCUAUUUAAUGUUUAGACAAAGCUGAUGCACUAUGUUUUGUACUAUGUUCUCUGAAACUGUAAAUCUAGUGACAAACUAUCUCUUGCAAUAAAUUUUUGUUAACUACUUAAGAAUAUCUUUCAUUAUAAGCCUCAUGGAUGUUGUUCUUCCAUGUCCUUCUGCAGCUGAAUAGCAUCUUCUGCCCCUGCUGUGCUGGGAUAACCAGGUUUCCUACAUGUCAGUGAUUUAUCAGGGGGGCUUAGGGGCCAGUACCUGGCGGGCAGCUGUCUCACCAAGGCACAGAGAAAGGGUAAUAGAUGUGUUUGUGUCGGAGGCUUGAUGUCACCGUGACAAAUUUUGCCCGCUUGCACCGUGUGCUCACGCUGCUGGCUGGUGGAGCUGAUCCCUUUCACACUAAACCACAGAAAGGCAGUGUAACAAAUGUAACGCUGGUGAAUGGAAGGGGAAAAAAGGCCGGUAUUGACAGCAGCUUGGCUUUGAGGGAAUAUUGCUGGUAGUGGAAGGGUAGAGCCCUGGUUCCACUGAGCGGUUUCUCUGAUGGCCCACAGGUCUGUCGGAGAGAGGUUGUUGCUGCUGGGCAGCGUGUGAAGGCAGCAGGAGCACAGGAGCGUGAAGGGGAGGUCAGGAAACCCACCACUGACACGAAUUCUUACCUCACCCCCCUACUUCCCGCAGCAUUUCACUAAAGAAAUAGAAUAACACAAAUUAGAGAUUAAUUAUAGUAAUAAUUUACUACCAUCGUUUCUAACUGUAUUCCAGAGACUUCUCCCUACCUCUGCAGCCUUUUCAUUGCUGUCAGACCUCACACAGCUUUAGCUGGUGAAAUCUCCUUAUUUGCUUUAGCAUGAGGUAUAUCAGACCCGUGCCUGCGACAGUCCAGAAUGAAAGCAGAAGUCACUCAUCCCUUUGAGUUAAAACAAAGUGUUAUCAUGUGAGUGAAGCCAAGGAUUUGCAGCAUGAAGGUUAGUGCUAGAAGUAGGCUUCCAUAAUAAAAGGUAGGUAGGCUCUCCCAAUUAAUGACUUCUCUUCACCUUUUUAUAUACGAUAAUAAAAUCAUAUAAAGUUGAACUGAAAGAAUAGUGAAUUUUAAGUAUUCUUAAUAUACAUUGCAUAUUAAUAGCUACAGAUGUUAACCAUUUGCAAAAUAAUGCUAUAUCUUACAACAUAUAUAUCUGGAUCUUAUUUUCUGCAUCGGUAGCAUUAGAACUUACCUGUAUCAAUAUUGCAAGUUUUAGUAUAAUAUUACAUUAAAACUGUGGCAAACAUCUUGCCACUAUGAUUUCAGAGCCAGCUGCUCGAGGGACGCGAGCUUCCCAUUUAGCAAAGGGCUAAAUUAUGUUAAUAGGCAAAAAGAAAGAGCAGAUGAACAGCCAGGUUCUGGAGAGUGUCUGGAUCCCCCACCUGAGGCUGCAGCAGGGAGUGGGAGUCAGGGAGCAGCCACCCCUGGAAUGCCAGAAGGAAGGUACAUUUUCUCCAGCUCUAACUUCAGGUGGAUGCCCAUUUCUAGUUGUGUGGUACCUGCAAAAUACAGGACUACAGGACUUUAUGCUCCUUCUUUAUCUCAAGAGUGUGCCUGCAUAGGGUGUUUGUCUCCACUACCUCCUGUUGGAAUCUCCAUUGGAAGCGGGAGGGCUGUCCUGGCUGAUCUGGGUCCCUUGGCUGACGUGUCCUGGCUUCUGCAUUCUGCCCUCCUCUGUGGGAGACAGCACACACACUGCCCUGGGUUCUGAUGUCCCAUCAAAGACAAAAUCCCCCUCAUCACAGAGCAGUACAUUAAGGAAAAAAAAAAAAAAAGGAAAAGAAUCCACAUAGGACAGAUACGGUUGCACAUUCUGGCAGAUUAAAAAUAGCCAGUUUAAAAUUUUCAGUUGCAAUGCUCAUUGAAAAAUCCCAUCUGUGAACUUGAAGACCACAUUUUUUUCACCAAAAUGUUCCAACAGCUUUGAAUUCUUCUUUUUCCUUACAAUUUAAAUUAUUUUAGGUUGUUAAACAGUGUUAAGACAUUGCACAAUUCUUUAUUAUCUACUGUAAUUGCUGUUCAAUAGUGUAUAAACUAUUUAAAAUAAAAGAAUAAUAACCAUAAAAUGUAAUAAUUUUCUAAUAUGGUAUUGCCUUUAAUGCUAGAACUGUUUGUAUAUGUGACUUCAUAUGUAAAAGCAAAAGCAGUAUAAAAAUAAAUCAUAAGUUAAGUUUCAAAUUGAACACACUAAAUUAA